AUGGCCGACCGUUGCCUGAAUGACGAAACAUUGGGCCCGGCCGUUAUUGGUUGUCGCGGCGACUUUGACUUCACCCAAAGUUUUGCAGCUGUUGUGUUGUCCAUCGUUCCAGUGGGCAUAUUCCUUCUUGUUGGUCUUUUGUGCGCAAAGGUUGUAUACCUUGUGGCUAUUGCAGCAUCACACAGUCUUGAACCUAGGCCUGUUAGCAUCGUCUCGGCUGUAUUGGAGCUUUUCGCUGCUGUAUUGAUGAGUCCGCUGGCACUAUGCAAACGCAGUUGGUCCAGGUAUCCAUCGGAUCUGCUGUGUACAUUCCUUGCCAUCACACUACUUUUCGACGGUGCCCGUUGUCGUACCUUGUGGCUCCUAGAACAGUCAGACGGCCGAAUUUUAGCCGUUGCUGUGUCAUUCACGAUAUCUCUCUUUAUCAAGAUGGUUCUCUUGUCGCUCCUUGCAUCACAGAGCAAGGCACAGAGAUCUGAAUACACAGAUUCGAGGAUUUUCAGUCCAGAUGUCACCGCCAAUGUGUUCAGUCUUAGCCUGUACUGGUGGCUGAAUCCGCUUCUCCGUCUUGGUUCUCGUCGGGACAUAGGGCUUGGCGAUUUGUACCCUCUGGACCCUGCACUUGGGUGUGCAAGGCGAGCUGCUGAAGCACCGACAAAACAUAGAACAUUGUAUGAAUCUAUGACGACUCAGAAGUUACUUUAUCGAUCCAUGGGUAUGAGCGGCUUAUAUCCUGUCCUUCCCCGUCUUAUCAUGAUCGCAUGUACAAUCGCACAGGCCAUUCUCAUCCACAGGAUUCUCACCCUACUUUCCCACAGCCCAGACGAUACCAAUCCCAAUACGAAGUACGGCCUAAUUGGGGCUACAUUUUUGGUCUACUCAUGCACCGCUUUGUCGGCUGCCUGGUAUGGCUACCUACAUGAACGUGCCCUGACCCGGCUCCGCGGUUACCUGAUCGAGCACGUCUACUUGCACUUAACCCAGAUGCCAUCGGUUGUUGAAAGUACCUCAAAGACAUCUACGCUGAUAGCGGUCGAUGUGGAGACUAUUUACAACGGACUGCGCAAUGCCCACGAGCUCUGGGCUGUUCCUAUUCAGAUAGCGGUUGCAGCAUGGCUGGCGUACCGCGAAAUAGGCUUGGCCAGCUUGACGGCCGUCGCACUGAUACUGGCCAGUUGCGUGACUAUAUUUGCCAUCUCUCCGACGAUAAUGGCUCGGCAGGGUUCUUGGAUGGCAACUGUUCAGUCUCGCGUCAGCAUGACCAGCGCCGUCUUGGGCUCUAUUAAGACCCUGAAGAUCGCUGGGUUCUCUAGAGCGGUUAACAUCAUGCUCAAACAAGCUCGUGCCGACGAAAUACACCUUGGAUCUUACUUUAGACUCAUGGUAUCCAUUUCAGCAACCUUUUCACUGGUCCCAUCAGUGGUUGCGCCAGUGGUGGUUUUCGCCACCAACCCACAACAAGUGAAUGCAGCGUCCGCCUUUACGACCCUGAGCUACUUGAGUAUCAUGACACAACCAUUAAUGACCGCCAUUCAGGUGGUCCCCAUGGUCUUGGCGAGCCUGGUUUGUCUGCGACGCAUAAGGCAAUUUCUUUUAUUGCCAGUCCACGUCGAUCAUCGCCUUUUAGGGUCGCCUCUGAACACAUUUCCCAACGAAAAGUGGAGCGACAGUGAGAAAAAGAUGGUGGCGGUCGGCAUAUACAGCUCUUCUAUCAGCUGGGCUCCUGAUGUUAGGCCCGUAUUGCACAACGUCAACGUCGAAGUGCUCAAGUCUACCUUCGCGGUCAUCAUAGGGCCGGUCGGUUGCGGUAAAUCGACACUCAUCCAUGCGGUAUUGGGUGAGAUUCCUCCAAAAGAUGGCGGUGUCAUAACAUUUCGUGCAAAUCGUGUGGCAUACUGCGCCCAGACUCCAAUUCUCACCGAGGGCACUCUAAGACACAACGUGAUUGGCUCCUUGCCCUUCAACAAGGAAAAGUACUCUGAGGUACUGGAGGCUACUGCACUUAUGUAUGAUCUGCAGCAAUUACCCCAGGGUGAAGCUACAAGACUCGAAACUGGGGGAGAGACCCUGAGUGGUGGCCAGAGACGUCGCGUGGCGCUCGCCCGCGCACUCUACCAUGAACCUGAUGUCUUGAUAGCGGAUGACGUCUUAAGCGGUCUCGACAAAAAAACGGAGCUGUUGGUUUUGGAGAAAGUUUUUGGUCCAGACGGCUUGCUUCGAAAGCGAGGUAUUACCGUGCUGUUUUCCACCAACUCUGAUCUAGUUGCAGGAACAGCAGACCAAUGUAUCCGCAUCUCACCAGCCGGCGACGUAGCUACUCAACCCAACUUGAAACCCUUCUCGUUGGCUCGGAGCGUAAAUUUCAAUGGAGUAAAGACUAAGGAUGCCUAUCAAGGAAUUACGGAAGACCUUGUUCGUAAGGAUGCUGAUAAGACAGUCGAAAGUAUCACAGAGGAUAGGGAAGAGCCUGAUGUUCUGUGCCACCGGCCUACAUCAAAUGUGAGCUCCGACAUGAAGACGUGGACUCGUUACCUCUCGGGUGUUGGCAUACCUUCUAUUAUCCUCUUCUCUAUCUUCGCGACGGGCUUCGGGGUUUGUAUGGCCUAUCUUACCGUCUGGGUUAGAGAGUGGAUGUCUGACACUGCGUUCAUACAUUCCAGAUCGUACUAUUUGGGCAUCUAUGGUGGUAUAGCCGUGGCUUGCGUCAUUUCCAACCUUUUGAUGGGCUUGAUCGUGCUUGUCAUCUUCGUCCGCAACGCCGGGACUACCCUACACGACGAGAUACUCCAGACAAUAAUGACUGCCACCCUGCGUUAUCUGAUGCAGACCAACGUUGGCACCAUCCUCACCCACUUUUCCCAAGAUUUGACGAUUGUCGAUGGCCAGCUUGCAGGCGUUUUGGUCAAUCUUGCAGCAACGACUACCAUUACAAUUGGACAGGCUGUGCUGCUUGUUGUCUCAUCGCCUUGGAUGACGAUCAGCUAUCCUGUCCUGUUGGUAAUCUUGUAUGCAACUAGACGGGUCUAUGUGCCGACCUCAAUUCGUCUUAGGUUCCUAGAUCUCCAAAAUAAGGGACCACUUGUCGCACAUUCUCUAAACACCAUACCAAGACUUCCAACGAUACGGGCUUUCGGCACGGCUGCGUACGAAGUGAUCCAAAACCAAGUCCUAUGCGAUAGAUCGCAGCGUCCAAGCUACCUUCUAGGCUUGUCGCAACAAUGGUUAAUACUUGUGAAUAAUCUAGUUGUGGCUAGUUUAGCUGUGAUCCUUGUAUCCCUUACUACUUUUCUCCAUGUAGACUCGGGAUCCGCUGGUGUUGGGCUUGUUACUCUAAUUACACUUAGCAGAAAUUUGGCAGACUUGGUUCGCGCCUACACCAUGGUCGAGAUUUCGCUGGGUGCCGUCGCGCGCUUGAAGUCUUUCACUCAGGAGACGCCACGAGAAGAGAGACGUGCGGAAAGUGUAGCAAUCAGCGAGACAUGGCCAGAAAGAGGGCUGGUGAAGAUAGCAAACGCAAGUGCGAGUUACAACGGCUUCUCAGAUCAGAAGUCCUUAACCCUUCGCGAAAUCUCUUUCACGGCUUUGCCGGGUGAAAGAGUCGCGAUCUAUGGAAGAACAGGAAGUGGAAAAACAUCCGUCCUUAUGAUGCUUCUGAGACUGUUGGAUCCUAUCGAGGCAUCUGCUGGUAAUACUUCUAUCGACGACAUUUGCAUUGAUCAGCUCGACGGAACGGUAGUUAGGGAACACGUAAUCUCGAUGUCGCAGGAAACCGCUUUUUUACCACAAGGGACAACAAUCCGGGAAAAUCUGGAUCCGCUUGGGCAGGCCUCCUGCCAAGUCUGUCAAAGUGCUCUAGAAACGGUUGGGCUUCAGUCUGUACUUCCACAGGUUGACGUGGUUCUAGAGUCUGAUGCACUUAGUAAAGGGCAGCGACAACUCUUUUGUCUCGCUCGGUGUAUUGUACGGUGCUGGACAAGAUUUGACGCCCACGGAACUGUGAAAAAAGGAGGGUUGCUUCUGCUUGAUGAGGUCACGGCACACAUGGACGAAGAAACGGCUGACAGGAUCGAAGACAUCAUUGAUCGUGAAUUCCAGUACUACACUAUCCUGGCCGUCACGCAUAAGUUGAUGGAUUCCAAGCGAUUCCCUAGAGCAAUAGUGAUGGAAGGAGGGCGAAUUAUUGAGGAUGGAAACGCGGAUGUUCUCUUCCAAAACGAAGGAUCGCAUCUCCGCGAAUUGUUCAAACCAAAGGAACCAUCACAAGAAACUACCUAG